AUGGAUAACACGACUGAAGCGGUGUCAGCGCCCAAAAAGCGCCGCAUCACAGCGAACAGGAGGCAGCAAGGCCGUGAAGCCCAAAGAAGAUAUCGGGAAAAGCAACGAGCUUCGCAGGCGAACGGGGAUGGAGCAAAGGUAGCCGCUAAUACAAGCGGUGGCACGGGCGAGCUAGUCGGCUUUCCCGCGUAUUUCGACAAUGACAACAUGUUGGAACAAACCUUUGCCUUGUCCGAUAAUCUCCAGUCUUCAAUGUGGGGGACGGUAGCUGGAAGCUCUUUGUUACCAACGGUGUUGGAACCCGAUGCGCUGGUUGCGCAAUCUGUGCUGCCGAACAGUCAAGUUGCAAAUGCUGUCAGUCAACAUGCCACAAAUUCUACUUUGCAAAUCCCAUUGGAUAGUUACAUCCACGUUCCGCGAUACUCCUUCUAUGCAGCAGGAGCUGCAAACGCAGCCGUUUUGGGCAUCUCCUUCGCGCGCCUCCAAGAGCACAAAUGUGGUGAUGACCGCAUGCUAUCACCAUGGACAGAUCAUACAUCACAUGUAAACUUGUACGAACUCACAUGCGCACCCGAUCUUAUCGCGGGCGAAUGCCAGAGAAAGUAUGACCACGAUCUUUACAUUGAUUGCUUGCCUUUUAAGGAUUUUCGCGAAAACUUGUUAGCUUUACGAUCAUUGGAGCCCAAGAUAUUUGAUGAAAACGAUUUUAUCCAAGAUUUGGACGUCCGCGAUGCAUUUCGAUGCUGGGGUCCGACGCCUUGGGAAGAUAGAUCGUGGGAGGUCCAGCCUUGGUUUCUCCAGAAGUGGUGGAUGAUCGUAGGUGGAGAAAAUGGAGAGAUGGCGACAUCAAGUCGAUGGUGGCGGAGGUUCCGGGGAGAGGGCUGA